UGACAUGGCAUUAAGCUGUCAGAGGCUGCUCUCUACCUGACGUCACUUGUCUCUGUACUUCAUCCCCAAUUCCUAACCACUGCGCUUUUAGUACCUUUCUCUCUCUAAAGCUCUCUUCUUUCUGGGUUUCCAAACGGAUCGCAACUGCUAACCCCACCAUCCGCACAAUCCAUUCCCAAGAGUAAAGAAAUGGGAAACACGGGAAGCAGUCGCCGGCGACACCAGCGGAGCCACCGCAACCACCCAGCUCUGCCGCCUCAGCUAUCACCCCAACCUGAAAUUACUGCAAACAGAUACGUUUUUGCCGCUGCCACAGCUUACACAUCAGCGUACCCUAACCCUAAUCAACCUUACUACUAUAAUUACAAUGGUCACUACCCUCCUGUGCCGGUACCGUUAUCGGGUUCGUACACCCGCCUUCAUCGCGCUGGCGGUGCAAUCCCAAAUUGGGUUGGUGGGCACCAACCUUGCGGGGUGGCUCCGCCCCCACCUGCCCCUUAUGUUGAGCAUCAGAAGGCAAUUACUAUCCGAAACGAUGUGAAUAUUAAAAAAGAAACAUUGAGAGUUGAACCAGAUGAAGAGAAUCCGGGGAAGUUUCUGGUUGCUUUCACUUUUGAUGCUACUGCAGCUGGAAGCAUCACAGUUGUAUUUUUUGGCAAAGAAGGCAUUAGCGGUGACCUGAUUACAGUGAAGGAAGGCGUGAUUGAACCUGUGACGGUGUCUUUCCAGCAAGGUCUUGAUCAGAAGUUCAAACAACCUUCUGGAACUGGGAUUGACUUCUCAAUGUUUGAGGAAACAGAGUUAAUGCAGGAGAGUGAUAUCAAAGUUUGUCCUCUCCUGGUGAAGGCUGGGGCAUACCCAUUGGACCAUAGCCAAUCAGAAGGAAAUCUGACUGGGAAUUCUCAGAUCACCCAGGCUGUGUUUGAGAAGGAGAAAGGUGUACAACAAGUGCGGGUUGUGAAACAGAUACUGUGGGCAGAGGGGAUGAGAUAUGAGCUGCAGGAGAUUUUUGGGAUUGGGAAUUCUGUUGAUGACAAUGCUGAUGGUACUGAUUCUGGGAAAGAGUGUGUCAUCUGCUUGUCAGAACCAAGAGACACAACUGUCCUCCCUUGCAGACACAUGUGUAUGUGUGGUGGGUGUGCCAAGGUUUUGAGGUUCCAGAUGAACCGAUGCCCUAUUUGCCGACAACCAGUUGAGCAGCUCCUAGAGAUCAAGGUAAACAACAAAUCUGACGUGUGAGGACCAUAUGAUGUUGCUAUAGGAUGGUCUCAUAGGACUUCUCAACAAUAUGUCUAUAGACUAGAGGUAAGAUGCAGCAUGAAGGUUUGGAGGCCUUGCUUUGGUUCUAAUGCAAUGCUUCUAAUGUGGAUGUUGCACUGGAAAUAGUGAGAGUUAGAUACUUCCAAUACAUACAGAAAAUCAUGUUUGCUUUGGAAAUAAUUUUGCUGCAGGAAAGAAAUUCCACUGUAAGCAUGUUGAUUCAUGGUGUUUCCUUCUGAUUGUCUCUGGGAUUUUUAAGGAAAUUGAAGUUCUAACACUCUACCCAUCUGCCUCAAAAUGUGAGGAGAAAACGACUGUAUAUUUUCCAGAAAUUAUUAAUUUCUGCUAUAAAGUGUUUUUUUUUACUUGUUAGGCA